ACGUCAUAGCGAUUACAUAUACUCCGUCACCCAUGUUUCUUCUCAAUCAUGAGGAUUACUUACACAGAAUAGAUUUUGAAGCAGGGAGUCAUUCAGCCUGUCCAUUUCAAGCCAAACGAUGGUGUCCCUUGUCAAGGUGUGUAACACGAGAGUAGCUGAAAUGGCGGAAUUGCAACCCAUCCAUCUUGAUUGGCAAUUCGUCCUUGUCUGGUGAUAUCAAUCAAAUACACAUAAUAUCGACUGGAAAUACGGUCGCUUGGAAUGUGAAUAUCAAUAUGAACUGAACCCUUGCCCAUCGACUUACCAUUCUAUCAGCCAGAAUGCUAUCUUUUGAAUUAGCUCCCGUCCGAAGACGAUUGUCGCCAAUGAAUAUCUCACCAGAGAGUGGCAUACCGCCAUCUUGCCAUAUGGGCCAACGUGGAAGAGCCAUUGUCGGAUACUGGCCUCGGUGCUCAGUACAACUAUGGCGAACAGAUACCAGCCUCUGAAGGAUUAUAUGGGUUUGCAGCUUGUUCAUGAGAUACUGUCAGCAGAGGAUGUUGUUCCCUGUCUCCAUCAGUACGUAUCGCGAGUCACUUCUGCCUUGGUGUAUGGAGGACAAUCGCCCAAGGAGACCGAAAUGACUAUAAAGACGAUCGAUUCAGUCAUUCGAGCUAUCAUGGAUGGGAUUACAUCGCCUAGUAACUUCAUUGUUGACGCUUUUCCGGUGUUGGAUUACCUUUCGCGAUGUUGUGGAAGCAGAGAGCGGAUAAAAUUCAUCGCAACGCAGAAAGCAUCUUGAUGGAGAGCUUGGAAAAAGGGCGAAACAGCAGUUCGUGGAACCGGUCGCACCAUCUCCUUGGAUUCAAGGAAUUACAGCAUUCCUUCACAUCAGAGCAAGCCCAUCUGCUCGAGGUUAUGUACGAAGGAGCCAUUUUCACUAGUAGGACUGUGAUGGAGCUCUUUGCUAUGGCAGCUGUUCUUCAUCCCGAAGCUGUACACAAGGCUCAACAAGAGCUGGACACUGUUGUCGGCAGGAAUAGGCUUUCCACCUUUCAGGAUCUCCCGGCUUUUCCCCAGUUG